AUGGCUAUCUCAAACGGAAUGACCGCUCCCACUGCUGGUACAUCCAAGUGCCUGCCCACUCACACGCCCGGCGAAUGUUUCUGGCAAACAACUCGACAUGAACUCAGUGACCACCGAUCGACCGAACAGCUCCCCGAACACAGUGAUAUCGUAAUCAUCGGGGCAGGAUAUGCAGGUGUCAGCACAGCAUACCAUCUUGUCCAAGAUGGAGGCGCGUCCAAGUCGAUCGCGAUCUUGGAAGCUCGAGGUGCGUGUUCGGGGGCAACUGGCCGCAACGGUGGCCACUGCAGACCGGAUUUCUAUGGCCACAUCCCCACAUAUAUGGACCGCGCGGGGGAUAGAGCUGGAGCAGAAAUUGCCGAGUUUGAAAUUGCCAACCUUCGUGCCUUGAAAAAAGUCAUCGAGCAGGAAAAGAUCGAUUGUGAUUUUACGCUUGCGCGGUCUGUCGAUGUGUGGUGUAACGAGGAGUCUGCCAAGAAAGCCAAGGCCGUCUAUGAUAGGAUAGUCGCUGCGAACUUUGAGUACAUGGAUGAUGCAGUUUUCUAUACUGGCGAACAAGUCGAAGGGAUCUGCGGUGUCAAGGGCGCCAAGGCCUGUGCAAGCUUCACUGCCGGCACCAUGUGGCCUUUCAAAUUCAUUAUGCACCUUAUCAAAGAUCUCCUUGUAGCAGGAGUCAACUUACAAACACAUACCCCGGUCACCUCUAUAACCUCGGACCCACAAGGUGGCUUCAUUGUGGAGACACCUAGAGGCAAGAUGCAUGCGGGCAAUGUGAUCCACGCCAAUAACGCCUAUGUUUCAGGACUGCUCCCAGAGUACGCUAAGAGCAUCGUCCCCUGCAAGGGCAUUUGCUGUCGCAUCACCGUCCCCGAGGGAACCACUGCGCCCCUCCUCAAUAACUCCUAUAUCAACCGAACGGAAGACAACACGCUUUCGUAUUUCGUCCCUCGAGCAGAUGGCAGCAUCAUCGUAGGUGGUGCUGCUAGUGUAUUCCGUCCACACAAGAGCCAAUGGUAUGAUAAUGUGGACGACAGUGUCCUGAUUGACUCCGCGAAAGACUACUACGACAAUUAUAUGCAGCGCACGUAUCGCGGAUGGGAGGAUACUGGCGCUAAGGUUGACAAGAUCUGGACCGGUGUCAUGGGCUACUCAUAUGACUCAAACCCUCAUAUUGGACAUGUUCCUCAGAAGGAUGGUCAGUUUAUUCUGGCUGGUUUCAACGGUCAUGGUAUGCCGGUGAUUUGGUUGGCGGCAAAGGAACUUGCCAAAAUGGUUUCCAAGGGAGUUUCCUUUGAGGAUACCUCUAUGCCUCGCCUGUUCCAGACCAGCCAGUUCCGUAUUAAUCGUGCUCAAUCUGGAAAGGAGGAAGAUGGUGAUAUUAUUGGCACUGGUAGCUUUGCUGCGACUAGGCCUUGA